AUGGAAAAAAGUAGGUGUAACCCUAUUGUUCUUGGGGUUAGACUGACAAAGGAUGAAAAAGGAGACAAGAUCAAUGCUACCAUGUGUAAACAAUUGAUUGGAAGCCUUACGUAUCUAACUGCAACAAGGCCGAAUUUAAUGCAUGUAGUGUCUCUAAUGAGCAGAUUUAUGGCAAGUCCAACAGAGUUGCAUUUGCAACCUACAAAAAGAGUGUUGAGAUACUUAAAAGGUACUAUAGAUUUGGGAAUCCUUUAUCGGAAAAGGGGUAAUGGAGAGUUGAUAGCAUAUACUGACAGUGAUCAUGCAGGAGAUAUAGGUGACAGGAAAAGCACUUCUGGCUAUGUGUUCUUACUCAAUGAUGAAGGUCUGUCUUGGUCCCCAAAAAGACAACCUGUAGUUACGUUGUACACUACUGAAGCAGAAUUUGUGGUAGCCGCGUCUUGUGCUUGUCAAGGGGUGUGGAUGAGGAGAGUUUUGGAAAAACUUGGUCAUUUCUAUCCAAGAAUCCAAUCAGGCAUGGAUGUAGCAAACACAUUGAUGCGAGGUUCCAUUUCUUGUGCGAUUUGA